GCCAAAUGGUGCGACAGGAGGAGCUGCAGCUGCGGCCGCAGCGCCCCGCAAGGAGAAGCUUGAGGCGGCUCCUGGCGUCACCCAGAGGGAGCGACUGAACGAACAGAAUCCGGCGCGGGCGGGCGGCGGCGGCGGCGGCGGGCGGGCGGCGGCGGCGGCGGGCGGGCGGCGAGGGGGAGCCCGCUCCGAGUGCCUUCGCUCCCCGCCGCGCUCCAUGAACCGGGCGAAAUAAGCCGCGCCUCCAGAAGGGGCUGCGCCUCCAUGAAUCCCUAGCUUUUUUUUCUUUCGCUCCCCGCUCCUCACCCCCCACCCCGCGUCCCGUCCCGCCUUCUCCCUUCGCCAGCGGCGGCCGCGGCCAGGUGCGGAGUCCAGAGCGGAGCGCAAUGGCGUCCAACCCCGAACGGGGGGAGAUUCUGCUCACAGAGUUGCAGGGAGAUUCCCGGAGUCUUCCAUUUUCUGAGAAUGUGAGUGCUGUUCAAAAAUUAGACUUUUCAGAUACAAUGGUGCAACAGAAAUUGGAUGACAUCAAGGAUCGAAUCAAGAGAGAAAUAAGGAAAGAACUGAAAAUCAAAGAAGGAGCUGAAAAUCUGAGGAAAGUCACAACAGAUAAAAAAAGUUUGGCUUAUGUGGACAACAUUUUGAAAAAAUCAAAUAAAAAAUUAGAAGAACUGCAUCACAAGCUACAGGAACUAAAUGCACAUAUUGUUGUAUCAGAUCCAGAAGAUGUUACAGAUUGCCCAAGGACUCCAGAUACCCCUAGCAGUGACCCUCGUUGUUCCACUAGCAAUAAUAGAUUGAUGGCUUUACAAAAACAAUUGGAUAUAGAACUUAAAGUAAAACAAGGUGCAGAGAACAUGAUACAGAUGUAUUCAAAUGGCUCUUCAAAGGAUCGGAAACUCCAUGGCACAGCUCAGCAGCUGCUCCAGGACAGCAAGACAAAAAUAGAAGUGAUACGAAUGCAGAUUCUUCAGGCAGUCCAGACCAAUGAAUUGGCUUUUGAUAAUGCAAAACCUGUCAUAAGUCCUCUUGAACUUCGGAUGGAAGAAUUAAGGCAUCAUUUUAGGAUAGAAUUUGCAGUAGCAGAAGGUGCAAAGAAUGUAAUGAAAUUACUUGGCUCAGGAAAAGUAACAGACAGAAAAGCACUUUCAGAAGCCCAAGCAAGAUUUAAUGAAUCAAGUCAGAAGUUGGACCUUUUAAAGUAUUCCUUAGAGCAAAGAUUAAAUGAACUCCCCAAGAAUCACCCCAAAAGCAGUAUUAUCAUUGAGGAGCUUUCACUUGUUGCAUCACCAACACUAAGUCCACGUCAAAGUAUGAUAUCUACACAGAACCAAUAUAGUACACUGUCCAAACCGGCAGCACUAACAGGUACUUUGGAAGUUCGUCUUAUGGGCUGUCAAGAUAUUCUAGAGAAUGUCCCUGGACGGUCAAAAGCAACAUCGGUUGCACUACCUGGUUGGAGUCCAAGUGAAACCAGAUCAUCUUUCAUGAGCAGAACAAGUAAAAGUAAAAGUGGAAGUAGUCGAAAUCUCCUAAAAACCGACGACUUGUCCAAUGAUGUCUGUGCGGUUUUGAAGCUAGAUAAUACUGUGGUUGGUCAGACGAGCUGGAAACCCAUUUCCAAUCAGUCAUGGGACCAGAAGUUUACACUGGAACUGGACAGGUCACGUGAACUGGAAAUUUCAGUUUAUUGGCGUGAUUGGCGAUCUCUGUGUGCUGUAAAAUUUCUGAGGUUAGAAGAUUUUUUAGACAACCAACGGCAUGGCAUGUGUCUCUAUUUGGAACCACAGGGUACUUUAUUUGCAGAGGUUACCUUUUUUAAUCCAGUUAUCGAAAGAAGACCCAAACUCCAAAGACAAAAGAAAAUUUUUUCAAAACAACAAGGCAAAACAUUUCUCAGAGCUCCUCAAAUGAAUAUUAAUAUUGCCACUUGGGGAAGACUAGUGAGAAGAGCUAUUCCAACAGUAAAUCAUUCUGGCACCUUUAGCCCUCAAGCCUCCGUGCCUGCUACAGUGCCAGUGGCUGAUGUACGCAUCCCUGAACUAGCACCUCCAGCUGGUGAUUCUACAGUAACCAAAUUGGACUUUGAUCUUGAACCUGAACCUCCUCCGGCCCCACCACGUGACUCUUCCCUUGGAGAAGUAGAUGAAUCUGCUGAACUAAGAGAUUCAGAUACACCGAGACAGGAUUCAGAAGCUGUUUUUGCUAUUGAGAAUGACAGAAAUAGUAUACUUCCAAAAUCUCAAUCUGAAUAUGAGCCUGAUAUUCCUCAACCAGGCCUAGGAUACAGUGGUGUUCGAGAACUUGAGGAUAGAAGAUCUCAACAGAUGUUUCAGUUUAAUCUCCAAGACUUCAGAUGUUGUGCUGUCUUGGGUAGAGGACAUUUUGGAAAGGUGCUUUUGGCUGAAUAUAAACACACAAACGAGAUGUUUGCUAUAAAAGCCUUAAAGAAAGGAGAUAUUGUGGCUCGAGAUGAAGUAGACAGCCUGAUGUGUGAAAAAAGAAUUUUUGAAACUGUGAAUAGUGUAAGACAUCCCUUUUUGGUGAACCUUUUUGCAUGUUUCCAAACCAAAGAGCAUGUUUGCUUUGUAAUGGAAUAUGCUGCCGGUGGGGACCUAAUGAUGCACAUUCAUACUGAUGUCUUUUCUGAACCAAGAGCUGUAUUUUAUGCUGCAUGUGUAGUUCUUGGGUUGCAGUAUUUACAUGAACACAAAAUUGUUUAUAGAGAUUUGAAAUUGGAUAACUUAUUGCUAGAUACAGAGGGCUUUGUGAAAAUUGCUGAUUUUGGUCUUUGCAAAGAAGGAAUGGGAUAUGGAGAUAGAACAAGCACAUUUUGUGGCACUCCUGAAUUUCUUGCCCCAGAAGUGUUAACAGAAACAUCCUAUACAAGGGCUGUAGACUGGUGGGGCCUUGGUGUUCUUAUAUAUGAGAUGCUCGUUGGUGAGUCUCCCUUUCCUGGUGAUGAUGAAGAGGAAGUUUUUGACAGUAUUGUAAAUGAUGAAGUAAGGUAUCCAAGGUUCUUAUCUACAGAAGCCAUAUCAAUAAUGAGAAGGCUAUUACGAAGAAAUCCUGAGCGGCGACUUGGAGCUGGUGAGAAAGAUGCAGAGGAUGUAAAAAAGCACCCAUUUUUCCGGCUAAUUGAUUGGAGUGCUCUAAUGGACAAAAAAGUAAAGCCGCCAUUUGUACCUACCAUUAGAGGACGAGAAGAUGUUAGUAAUUUUGAUGAUGAAUUUACCUCAGAAGCACCUAUUUUGACUCCGCCUCGAGAACCAAGGAUACUUUCAGAAGAGGAGCAAGAAAUGUUCAGAGAUUUUGACUACAUUGCUGAUUGGUGUUAAGUUCCUAGACACUGUGAAACCAAGCAAACUAACUCACAAGAAGACCUCUUAACAAUAGCAACCCUUCAUUUGCUCUCUGUGCCACCAGUAGCUUCUGAGUUUUUUGUUUAAACACAUGAAGAUUUCUUUAAAAGUACUAUUGUAAAAUCUUCUUGAAAGUGGCUUCUUUUAAUGUAUUUUCAACGUAAAUCUGAGCACUGGAAACAGUUUCAUGGAGUUUAAGCGGAAUGAACAUCGGCCAUGAAAACCUAUCACAAAUGAAUACUUUUGGAUCAAUAGUCUAUUUAAAAAAAAAGAAAAGAAAAAAACACCACUCUUCCACGGUCCCUCGCUAUGCCUUAUGCCUGCCUUAAGUGGAAGGAAGAUUAAUCAUUUCACUUCAGUUAGCUAUAUUUUACAAAAAGAACAAAAAGGGUUUGGGAUGCUAUUACUGUUCACACAUAGUAAAUCUGUUCGAAUAAGGCAAAUGCUCUUAUUUUUUUAAUGAAAUUACUAUAAUAUCAAAAAAAUGUAGUGGUAGUUUGUGCACAUUUUUUGGCUUGUUUUUUUAAAAAAAUGAAUUGAUGUCUUGUUUUAUAAAUUUUCUAUAUUUAUUAGGAGAAAAUUUUUAUCGCCUUAUCUUUACCAACCAUGUAACAGAGCCUCAUAGCUUUCCAACAGAGCUACUUGCCAAACAAUUUUUUGUUUAUUAAACCAUGCUGAAGCAAACAGGAACAACUAAACAUCAGCAUUUACUUAAAAUUUUAAGAAUGAGGACUUCUGAUUAGCCUGAACCAAGAUACUGUAUUACCUGUAUGCAUUCCCAAAGUCUAGACACUCGAUAUAUUCAAUCAUACCUUCUUCCAAAAUCAGUGGACUAAUUACUCCUUUUUUGAUAUUCGUUGUACAUUUUUCAGCCCAGUUUAUCUUAUUCUUGUAUCUACUGUAGAAGGGAACUAUAUCUGUUAAAACAUAGGGAUUAUCGUUGUAUACAUGCUGUGAACAUGUAUAUGUGCAAGUUGUAAUGUAUUCUGUGUUGUAGGUUUAUUAUUUAAUUUCACCACUUCAUCACUUUUGUACAGUGGCCAAGCAGACACCUCAAACUCCAGCAUUUACGUUAAGUGCAUUUGUACAUUUUAGGCCACUGGAUCCAGAUUUUAUAUUGGCAGUUACUGAGGGCAAAAGCAAUAUAUUGUAACAGAAUGUAUAAAUAUUUUUGAUAAAACAGUCUAUAUUUUAUAAAAUUAUUAUAACACUAAAGCUGUACCUCAAAAGUCUCAAAAACCAUUUGAUCAAAUACUUUUUACAACUCUUCAGAGGAUCCAUUUGUGGCUUUUUUUAAUGCUCUUAGAGGAAAGUCUUUUGGCAAGCCAUGACUUUUCCACUUGCCUGGAGUUUUUUGGUUUUUUUGUUGUUGUUAGUUUUUGCAUCCUUUUCCUCUCGUGUAUGACUGCAUUAUUUUUCUUUAGUUCAAUAAUAACAUCUUUAAUUCUGUGCUUAGCAUGUUAGGGUCAUCAUAUCUCAGGAAUAACAAGUUGUGAACUAACCAUACUGAAUUAGCCAUUUAAUCACAGUGAUCUCAUGUCUUAAAAAUUGUUCAAAUUUAAAUUCUAUGAGAAACAUAAAAGCACAUCGAUUUAUAGAAAGUUUAUCAAUACUUCAGCCUUGCUAGGGUGUGCUGGCAUGUUUUUGUAUACUCUGAGAACAGUUACAAUUUUUCCAAGAGUUCUUAUUUCCUUCCAAUUCUAUUAUUACCCAAGAUUCUUUGGGGGAAAAUCUUAUAGAAAGAGGGAGCAAUAAGUUGUUUAAAGUUAUUUUAAAAUGCCAGUUAAGUUCCUUGUUAAAGGACAGGAAAGGAUCUUAGCUUAAUUGUCUGGCUUUAAUUUUCAGAGUGUUAACACAUUAAAAAAAAAACACUAAAUACUUUUGAGGUACAGUCUGCUCACCUUUCCUGGUUCUCAAAUAUGCAUAGAAAGCAAUGUCUAAAAUAGGCUUUUAGCAUUAAAACCUGACAUAGCAUUAUGUAACUACACAGUGUACAGAAGUUUUUUUUUGUUUUUUUUUAAUUGAAGUCAAUCACUAAGAAAAAAUUAGAGGGCAGGGUAUAUUCACACAAUUAAGCUGAAGAAAGCACUAAUAUUUUCUGUAGUUUUUAAAAAAUAUAUAUAUUUUAGUCAGAUUUAAAAUUUUUAAACUCUAUAGAGUGUAAAUAUAUUUUGCUAUUACUGUAUGUGUAAGUGACUGCUCAAGCACUUUGUAAGGAAAUUAUUAGUAUAUUUUAGAAUGGUACACUAUGCAUUGAAAUGAAAUGUGCCUUUAUGUCAUUCUAAGAAAAAAGUGUUUUGCAGUCAUAAAUUACCACAAAUGCACAAAUUAAAGUAUAAAUAGAUUAUAAUUUGUAA